CCGAAUACUGAUAAAUUGAAGGGGUCAAAUAGAAAUAACCAGUUUUUCAGCAGCCACAAUCAUUUUAAAAACCCUAGAAACCCCAGCUGCAAUCGUCUCCCUCAUUGCCGAAUCCUCUCACGCCGCCCAGCUUCCGUCAAUUCCAAAUCCAUAUCGUCAUCAAGCAAUGGCCGUCAGUUUCUCCGACCUUAGUUCCGCCGCUGGCCUGAAGAAGCUCGACGAGUACCUUCUUACUCGCAGUUACAUUUCCGGGUACCAAGCUUCAAAAGAUGAUUUGACUGUUUAUGCCGCCAUUGCCAAGCCUCCAUCAUCAGACUAUGUCAAUGUGUCCCGGUGGUUCAACCACAUCGAUGCACUGUUGAGGAUUUCUGGCGUUGCUGGUGAGGGAGCUGGCGUAAUUGUUGAGGGAUCAGCUCCGGCUAGUGAUGCUAUUGCAACUCCUCCUGCAACUGACAAUAAGGCGGUUGCUGCUGACGACGAUGACGAUGAUGAUGAUGUGGAUUUGUUUGGUGAGGAGACUGAAGAAGAGAAGAAGGCUUCUGAAGAGCGCGCUGCUGCUGCAAAGGCUGCUGGAAAGAAAAAAGUUGUUGGGAAGUCAUCGGUUGUGUUGGAUGUGAAGCCAUGGGACGAUGAGACUGACAUGAAAGUCCUCGAAGAGGAAGUUAGAAAAGUGCAGCAGGAGGGUCUCCUUUGGGGAGCAUCCAAGCUUGUCCCUGUUGGAUAUGGAAUCAAGAAGCUACAAAUUAUGAUAACCAUUGUGGAUGAUUUGGUAUCUGUUGACAGCCUCAUUGAGGAUUAUCUUACCGCAGAGCCAAUUAAUGAAUACGUCCAGAGUGUAGACAUUGUGGCCUUCAACAAAAUAUAAUUUGCAUGGUUCAUGAUCGAUCAUAUAUGUGCGGAGGAUCACGAGCAAUGUAGCCUACGUAGUAGUAAUAUGUUUCCUUUUGAAUGACUCUGGGACGUAGGGAAUCCUAAAUUGCUAUUGUUUCAAGAUUUUCAAGAUUGCUUGGGCUUACAAUUUUAUGGUUUUUAUUUUUUUAA